AGGAUCCGCACUUUAGACAUAUAAAAGCGCAAAUAUCAAUGACGUAAUAAACUAAUUUACACAAUCAAGAAUUAAAACAACAUUUUCGGUAAAAAAUGCCGGUUAAUGCAUCAAAAAGGCUUUACACACAAGUGACAAGUGACUGCAUAAACGAGCCCGUACAAGUGAAUACGGUGGUGGUCAUUCAUCCAGGCUCACUCAAUCUACGGAUUGGUCGAGCAUCCGACACUUUUCCAGUGACUGUGCCUCACUGUAUUGCAAGGAGAUUAAAGCCAGAUGUGAAAGAAGCCCCAUCACAAUGGAUGAUGAGAAAAGAAAGACAGCACCAGGGUCACAAGUACCAGAAGGACAAGGGUUUAAGGGUGGCCAAUGAAUGCCUAGAGAUGAAGCCAAUGGACUCGGGCGAGACAAGGCCUGCCUCCAUAGUUAAACAGCUGUAUUCGCACAAUGUGAGAGUGAAGGGGGAGAGGACAGAUGUAAUGUGCCCCAUUCCAUGGACGAACACUGACAGCAAGCCCCCCUUUGUUGUAGGAAACAAUGCCCUAUACAUAAAGCCAGGCAGUGGCUACACAGUCCAAUGGCCCAUGAGUCGUGGGCGUUUGAACCUGCAUGCUGGCCCUGGUGGGACACUGUCCUCAGUCAUGGCUGAUAUGGAAACCAUCUGGGGCUGGGUGAUACAGAAUAUGCUGGACAUACCUCUGAAAGAUCUCAAACACUACAAAGCGUUGCUGCUGAUACCUGACGUGUUCACUCACAUGCACGUACGGGACAUGGUAGAGAUGCUGCUCAACAAGCUGGGCUUUGGGGCUGCCAUUGUACAUCAGGAAUCCGUAUGUGGUGCAUUUGGUUCUGGUGUGCAGAGUGCCUGUGUGGUAGACGUGGGGGACCAGAAAACAAGCGUAUGUUGUGUGGAGGAUGGAAUCUCCCACAGAAACACAAGGGUGACCAUGGAGAUAGGGGGCAGUGACAUCACACGCAUGUUUACAGAGCUACUUGCCACACUGGGCUUCAAUCCAGGCAUCAACCUGACAUUAUACCCUGAUGCCAUGCAGUGUCAGGAACUGAAGGAAAAUCUCUGUCAUUUUGAUCAUAAUCGCUAUGGUUACCUGGAGGAGUCUGUGGCUAUCAAGCGGCCCGGGGAUUUCAUCACCAAGUAUUUCAUACAGAUAGGAGAUGAGUUGGUAUUGGCGCCGCUCAGUUUGUUCUUUCCAGACAUGCUGGGACUGCAAGGUGAGAAUCUGACUCGAAUACAGAAGCGUAACCAAGGUGAUCCAGCAGACCCACAUGACGACUUUUACCUGAAACAGGUCCAAACCAGGCAGGACCCAGAGGCAAAAAAGUCCAGGAAAAAGGACAAUGCAGACUUGACCCGGGAUGGGCCAGACCUCACAAUUGAUGAGUCUGGACUAAACAUGCUCAACGAUGACGACUCUAACGACGUACCAGAGGCUCUGGGUGACGGGACUACCAAGGUCCGUGGGGGUCGGGAUGGGGAGGAAGAGGCUGAGGAGGAGGAGCUCACUGUUGCCCCGCCCCUGAUGGGGCUUGACGAGGCCAUACUGUACAGCAUUGAGAAGUGCUCUGCUGAUGAAGUGAAGAAGAAAAUGUAUAGCUGCAUCAUUGUGGUGGGUGGAGGGUUGAACUUUGAGUGUCUGCAGCCGUGGUUACAAUACAGCAUCUGGAAAAUCAUGCCCGCCCAUAUUCGCCCUAUGCUGGAGACCAUGGAUGUGAUUACCAGACCAAAAGAAAUGGAGCCUGAGGUUGUCUGCUGGAAGGGAGCAGCCAUCUUGGCCUGUCUGGACACCACUCAGGAGCUGUGGAUCAAACAGAAGGAGUGGAGCCAGUUUGAUGUGAGGAUGCUGAGAGAGAGGGCACCAUUUGUGUGGUGAAACCAGUCUAAACAAGAUAGAUACACGGUGUUGAUGUUACAUUAUCAGUGUGGUGAAUCCAGUCUACACAAGAUAGAUACACGGUGUUGAUGUUAAAUUAUCAGUGUGGUGAAUCCAGUCUACACAAGAUAGAUACACGGUGUUGAUAUUACAUUAUCAGUGUGGUGAAACCAGUCUACACAAGAUAGUUACACGGUGUUGAUGUUACAUUAUCAGUGUGGUGAAACCAGUCUACACAAGAUAGUUACACGGUGUUGAUAUAACAUUAUCAGUGUGGUGAAUCCAGUCUACACAAGAUAGAUACACGGUGUUGAUGUUACAUUAUCAGUGUGGUGAAACCAGUUUACACAAGAUAGAUACACGGUGUUGAUGUUACAUUAUCAGUGUGGUGAAUCCAGUCUACACAAGAUAGAUACACGGUGUUGAUGUUACAUUAUCAGUGUGGUGAAACCAGUCUACACAAGAUAGAUACACGGUGUUGAUAUUACAUUAUCAGUGUGGUGAAACCAGUCUACACAAGAUAGUUACACGGUGUUGAUGUUACAUUAUCAGUGUGGUGAAUCCAGUCUACACAAGAUAGAUACACGGUGUUGAUAUUACAUUAUCAGUGUGGUGAAACCAGUCUACACAAGAUAGUUACACAGUGUUGAUGUUACAUUAUCAGUGUGGUGAAUCCAGUCUACACAAGAUAGAUACACGGUGUUGAUGUUACAUUAUCAGUGUGGUGAAUCCAGUCUACACAAGAUAGAUAAACGGUGUUGAUGUUACAUUAUCAGUGUGGUGAAACCAGUCUACACAAGAUAGAUACACGGUGUUGAUAUUACAUUAUCAGUGUGGUGAAACCAGUCUACACAAGAUAGUAACACGGUGUUGAUGUUACAUUAUCAGUGUGGUGAAUCCAGUCUACACAAGAUAGAUACACGGUGUUGAUGUUACAUUAUCAGUGUGGUGAAUCCAGUCUAUGCUGCAGUCUGGUAGUAACACGGUCUCCUGUGUGUUAAAACCAGUCUUUACUUGAUGUGAAACCAGACUGCAUUUCAGUCACACAUUCAACUGUGUGUUGAAACCAGUCUUCACUUGAUACUGAUACAGUUUACUAUGUGGUGUAAUGACGACAAUGUUAAUUGCAGUCUCCUGUACGUUGAAACCUGUCAGCACUAUCAACUGUCAAAUGGCUGAUGACUCGGUGUACUUUUUUGUGAAGCCAGCUUAUACUGUCUAGUGCACAGUAUAUCUCGUGGAGAAAUUGUUCUUUACUGCAUAGUUUUGCAGUCUAUAUAUAAGACCUUGUCUGUGUGCUGAAAGCAAUGCACAGCAAAUAACAUGAAAUAUUAUUAAGUCAAGUCAGUCUUAACUAAAUGGUUUCAUAUUUUACGACAACUGCAUAGAAAACAGGUGAACUUGAAUAUGGAUGAAAACCUAUAAAUAUAAAAACAUUCGUGUCAUACCCCCACAAACGAAGUUUAGGGGGGUAUAUAGGAGUGAGCUUGUCUGUCGGUCUGUCGGUCGGUCCGUAUUAAGUGUACGCUCUCUAUUUCAAGUAGUUUUCAUCCGAUCUUCACCAAAUUUGGUCAGAAGUUGUAUCUACAUGAUGUCUAGGCCAAGAUCGAACAUGGGCCUUGCCGGGUAAAAAACUAGGUCACGGGGUCACUUAGUGCGUUUUAAACAUUGAGCAUGUUGUCCGCUCUCUAUUUCAGGUAGUUUUCAUCCGAUCUUCACCAAACUUGGUCAGAAGUUGUAUCUAGAUGAUCUUAAGGUCAAGUUCGAACAUGGGCCUUUCUGGGUAAAAAACUAGGUCACGGGGUCACUAAGUGCGUUUUAAACAUUCAGCAUGUUGUCCGCUCUCUAAUUCAAGUAGUUUUCAUCCGAUCUUCACCAAACUUGGUCAGAAGUUGUAUCUAGAUGAUGUCUAGGCCAAGUUCGAACAUAUGCCUUGCCGGGUCAAAAACUAGGUCAGGGGGUCACUUAGUAUGUUUUACACAUUGAGCAUGGUGCCCGCUCUCUAUUUCAAGUAGUUAAAAUCCGAUCUUCACCACACUGGGUCAAAAGUUGUAACUAGAUGAUGUGUAGGUCAAGUUCGAACAUGGGCCAUGCCGGGUCAAAAACUAGGUCACGGGUCACUUAGUGUGUUUUAAACCUCACCAUGUUGUCCGCUCUCUAAUUCAAGUAGUUUUUAUCCAAUCUUCACCAAAAUUGGUCAGAAGUUUAUCUUGAUAAUGUCUAGAGCAAGUUUGAAUAUGGGUCAUGCCAGGUCAAAAACAAGGUCACGGGGUCACUCACUUAGGGCGUUUUAAACAUCACAAUGUUGUCCGCUCUCUAAUUCAAGUACUUUUCAUCCGAUCUUCACCAAACUUGGUCAGAAGUUGUAUCUAGAUAAUCUUAAGGCCAAGUUCGAACAUGGGCCUUGCCGGGUCAAAAACUAGGUCACGGGGUCACUUAGUGCGUUUUAAACAUUCAGCAUGUUGUCCGCUCUCUAAUUCAAGUAGUUUUCAUCCGAUCUUUACCAAACUUGGUCAGAAGUUGUAUCUAGAUGAUCUUAAAGCCAAGUUCGAACAUUGGCCUUGCCGGGUCAAAAACUAGGUCACGGGGUCACUUAGUACGUUUUACACAUUGAGCAUGGUGUCCGCUCUCUAUUUCAAGUAGUUUAAAUCCGAUCUUCUCCACAGUUGGUCAGAAGUUGUAACUAGAUGAUGUGUAGGUCAAGUUCGAACAUGGGCCAUGCCGGGUCAAAAACUAGGUCACGGGGUCACUUAGUGUGUUUUAAACCUCACCAUGUUGUCUGCUCUCUAAUUCAAGUAGUUUUUAUGCAAUCUUCACCAAAAUUGGUCAGAAGUUGUAUCUUGAUAAUGUCUAGAGCAAGUUUGAAUAUGGGUCAUGUCAGGUAAAAAACAAGGUCACGGGGUCACUUAGGGCGUUUUAAACAUCACAAUGUUGUCCGCUCUCUAAUUCAAGUAGUUUUCAUCCAAUCUUCACCAAACUUGGUCAGAAGUUGUAUCUAGAUGAUGUCUAGGUCAAGUUUGAAUAUGGGUCAUGCCGGGUCAAAAACUAGGUCACGGGUAUCUAAGUGCAUUUUAAACCUCACCAUGUUGUCCUCUCUCUAAUUCAAGUAGUUUUCAUCCAAUCCUCACCAAACUUGGUCACAAGUUUUAUCUAAAUGAUCUCUAGGACAAGUUUGAACAUGGGCCAUUCCGGGCCUUAAACUAGGUCAUGGGGUCACUUAGUGCGUUUUUUAACAUUCAGCAUGGUGUCUGCUCUCUAAUUCAAGUAGUUUACAUCCGAUCUUCACCAAACUUGGUCAGAAGUUUUAUGGUGAUGAUGUUAAGGCCAAGUUAGAACAUGGGCCUUUCUGGGUCAAAAACUAGGUCAAGGGGUCACUUAGUGCAUUUUAAAAAUUGAGCAUGGUGUCCGCUGUUUUUUGUGAAGACGACUUUCAAAAUAUUAUGUGUCAAUGCGGCAUGUUGGGGUAUUCGUCACGUCUGUGACAAAGCUCUAGUUUUUAAGUUCCUGUUGAUUCUCGAUCACAGCCGAGAGAAAUCAGAAAUGUGAUAAGCCAAGUAGUCUGUUCAUUAGUAAUAUUUGUCGAUAUGGGCAUUUUCCUUUUGAUCAUUCAUUUAUUAAAAUGUGAAAUACAAAAAAUUAAGGAUUCAAGAGGUAACAAAAAACAUAAACCACUUAACCUUUUGCUGUAACCAGUUAUUAACUGGUUAACUGAAAAACUUUUAGUAGUAAAAAUGUUUAAGAGUACGUUAAACAUGUUACAUACCGCUUGUGCAUGUACUCUAUAGAAGGGAAAGUUAAUUUAGAUUGCUUGCAUUGAUAACAUUUCAGUUUCUUUCUAAAAAUUUAUAGUAAAAUGUAUUGUAAUAAUUUUGUAAAUUUGUGCUUUAUUUUGUAUUUUUUUUUCCUGCGUUUAAGCAUUUAAAUAAAGAGUGAAAUAACUACAAAAUUCUAUUAUGUUAGCAUCGUAUCACUUACAAUAAUUUUGUUCAUUCUGAUUAAAAAAAAUUUAAACCAUGACUAAUUAUUUUUUAGCUCCACUAUUAUAUAUGAAGUAUAUAAAGUGGAGCUAUCCUACUCACCCCGGCGUCGGCGUUUCCGUUCCGUUCCGUUAGGGUGCAAAUGUUAAAGUUUUUGUACUACCCCAAAUAUUUUGACAUUGACAUAUUGCUUUCAUAUUUUGCAUACUUGUUUACCAACAUGACCCCAACCUAUAAACAAGAGCAGACCACUGUAUCAAGCGUUUUGACAGAAUUAUGGCCCCUUUUAUACUUAGAUAAUUGAACAUUUAGCUUAAAUUGCCAUAACUUCUUUAUUUAUGAUCAGAUUUUAUUAUUACUUUAACAAUACAACACUUACCUGAAUACCACAAUUGAUUCCACCCAAACAAACUCCACGCCCCAACCCAGAAUCCCUGCACUAUCUCACAGUUCAAACAAAUCAGCAAAUAUGCAUGUAUAUGCAAAAUAUGCACAACACAACAGUGUUCAUUUGGUCAAGAAAAUGACUCUGACCUUUAGCUUGUGGCUGAUGCGGUUGUGAGCCUUGGUUAGAAGACGACCUGUGUUUGAGAACACUCACUCUGAUAACAAGGAUGUCAAUGGCAGGGACAAAAGCCUCUGCUCCACAUGCGCAAUUAUUGGGAACGGGUUGCCAUCUGGCUUGCAAUUCACUCUCAUGUUGUAAACAUACUGUACGGCACAAUUUUAAAGCAAUUGCAAAAAAACUAAAUAAUGAUUUUAUUAUUUUAGAUAACUAUGUAAUUUGUUUUUGUUAAUUAAAUGAGUUGAGUAUAUUGCCUUCUUAAAUAAAACUUCCCUCAGACGGUAGUGGUGGCAUAGUUGGUUAUGAAAAUUACUAAUAACACUAUUUAUUUCUGUUUAAGCAAACAUAUGUUGACUAGACAAGUUUUUAAAUACAAAUGAAAUUCUCGAUAAAAUUAUUACUUAUAAACACUAUGUUUGCAAGCAACUAGUAUUGGAUAUUUGUAAACAAACGAUCAAAAUAACCUGUCCAAUGUCUCAACUGAUUUUAAUUUUGAUUUACUAGUAGGUAAGUGAGUCAGUUACAUCUUCGCUAAUAGCCCCAAAUCCCCGCAGUUCACUAGGUAAAUUUCCGCAAGUUAAAUAAAAAAAUAGCGCCCAUUAUCAAAACGUACCCCUAUUUGUAACAACAAACAUUUAUUGCUUUAUUUCUUUGUUAUUUGACACGUUGUUUUCUUCCAUCAAUGGUACGGCAUGUUGUUCUAACUAGUUGACAGCGCAAGUUGGCAGUAUGUCGCAUGCAAAACGUAAAAAGUAUUACACAAAAAAAGCAUAACCAAAUUUUUUUCAGUUAAACCUUUUCCCGAAAAUGUAACCAGUUAACUGAUCGUUUCAGUAGAUUACCCGGUUAACCUUUUGCAUUCUAACAAAUCUAUAAAAUAGCUCGAAAUAAGCUUAAUGUCAUCAGAACAUAGUUUGUCUUUGUUAUUUUUAUGCCCCCGGAUCGUAUGAUCGGGGGCAUAUUGUUUUUGGCCUGUCUUUCAUUCUGUCCCAAAACUUUAACCUUGGUUAAAGUUUUGCAAUAACUUUUGCAAUAUUGAAGAUAGCAACUUGAUAUUUGGCAUGCAUGUGUAUGUCAUGAAGCUGCACAUUUUGAGUGGUGAAAGGUCAAGGUGUUCUUCAAGGUCAAAAGUCAAAAUAUACAAUCCAAGGGGAGUAAUAAGCUUUUAAAGGGAGAUAAUUUCUAAACCUGCCAAAUGAUAAAUUAAAAUUAUAUUUCAAAGCGGUGCAAUAGGGAGCAUUGUGUUUCCGACAAACACAUGGUUUAAAUAUUGUUUCUAGUAUUUGUUGGUGGGGAAUUUAAAAAGUAUUGCCAUUAAAAUUGUCUUUAAGAGAUCAGAUCAUUCAAUAGGGGAGUAAAUGUAUAAAUAAAAACGAUCACUCCUUUUGUUGUUUGGGUUGCAAAUUUACCAUGAUAAUGGAAACUGCAAAUAGUUCUGAAUUAUUUGUGUACAUACUGGUGUCAGUGAUGAUGAUAUUCGGAUAUGACAUAUGUAAUAAUGGCAUUUUCCUUAAGAUCAGCAAAAUAUUUAUUGCCCAAAAGCCAGUCUCGCGUUCGCCUGCAAAUGUUCCGAUAUAGUAGCCAGAAUUUCACAUUGAAUAUACUGUAAUACAAAAAAAUAAAAAUGAGCAUUUUUCUUUAGCUUUAAAUCUGUUACUAGACCACAUUGAGCGUUGAAAUUUUGGCUACCGGUAUUGCUAAAAGGAACAUUGAUUUUUUAUUUUGUAAUAUUGUACGCAAUAUUCAUUCAUUUUGUGUGUUUAUAGACUUUUUAACACAUUCGUUUCCUUGUGGAUGACAAAUAUACCAAUAAAGGCUUGUUAAAUUCGA